UUAAACCAAUUUUUCUCUUUUCUAGAUAAAAAUGAGGCUCAACCAUAGCUGCUCUACAGGCUUGAAUGAGACCAUUGUAAGUAGUUCAUCAGCUACAAGCAUCGGCGCCCUCAUCCUCACCUUUGUUUUCCUGUUGGGAUGUCCUGGAAAUAUAUUCGUCAUCUGGAGCAUCCUGGCACGAGCCCGACAGCAAUCUGUCACUACCCUCCUCAUCCUCAACCUAGCUAUCGCGGAUGGCUCUCUGAUGGCUCUUACCCCUUUCUUCAUCGCCUACCUGGUUAUGAUGAACUGGGUGUUGGGGAAUGUGAUGUGUAAAGUCCUCUUCUACCUCUGUUUGGCCAAUAUGUACGCUUCCAUCCAGCUGAUAAUGCUGAUGAGCGUUUACAGGCUGGUGUCGGUGGUGUGGCCCAAACGUAUCAGCGUAAUCACUGGCAAGAGGACCAUCUUGAGAGUGUUAGGAGUGAUGUGGAUGCUCGUAAUUGUUGCGUCUAUUCCUGCGCUAAUCUACCGAAACGUUAGGUGUAAAAAGAACCAUCCAGGUUAUGUUUGUGAUUCAUUCCAUGACACAAACGGCGAGGUGGUUCUGCAGUACACACUUGAGCUCGUUUUGGGCUUUGUAAUACCUUAUGGAGUCAUUGUAGUCAGCUACAUUCUCAUUUUGCGAAAGAUCCGGCAGACUAAAUUUCGCCGUCGGAUACGAAGUGAAAAGCUCAUCCUGGCCAUCGUGGUGACCUUCUGCCUGUUCUGGGUGCCCUACCACGUCAUCAACAUGGUGCAAGUCGCAUGGGCUUUAUCUCCGGAAGAGUCACCAAAAAAAAAACUGUUGGGUUUAAUAUGGCAAAGGGGUCGUGCUGUUACCUCCACCAUCGCCUUCAUCAGCAGCUGUGCCAACCCGGUGCUCUACUUCUUCGCAGGAAAGUCCUACAUCAGAAGGGAGGGGCUGGAAUUCAUGGCUCGCUUGUUCGAGGGCACGGCUUUGGACUUCGGUAGAAAGAGCCGCAUGAGCAGCCAGAACAGCCAAGACAAAGACAAAGAUGCAGAAGUUGUGCUCAAAGACAAAGAAGGAGACUCUUCUACAAACUCAAGUUCUAAUGUGAAGGCAACAAGAAAUGGGAAAUAGAGUGACUUAAAUCUUUCAAUCUUCAUUGCGUCCAGUCAUAACUUCAGCAUACUUUAUGAAGACUUAAAACUGAACAACAACUCCUAAUAUUUAGCUGAGUGCUGGAAAGCACAUAGUCACAUCUACUUGAUGCUCUGGGACACACAGAUACGGUAACAGGAUAAGAGUCCUGCCCAGGGUCCCAGAGUUGCAGUCUGUGGCAUUUAGACUGGGUAUCCCCUGCAGCCUUCCUUAAAGGUCAAGCACUGCUCUAACCCCAUCUCAUAAUAUGUUGUUGAUGGUGCAUAAGAAAAUAUUGCAAUAUAAAAUGAACAGCAGAGUAGAGUCCAGAAUGCAUAAACUUCGCAGCAAUCUUCCAAGAUCUGCAUCCCAAAUUUUGACCAUUUUUAAGGUUCAUAUAAAUAUAAAUAUUUAUGCAUCUGCAGUAGUUUUGUAUAAGUUUUUCCCGAUGGAUUAUCCUUAGGAUGUUUAUUUAGUCCUUUUUUCCACUUUACAUAAUAACCUUUGCCAAGGUAUUUUCACUUGUACUAGUCAUCUUAGACUUAUCUGGUACCAGGUUGCAGGGGAAAACACUCUCAACAUAGACUUCCCCCUCCCUAGAAACCUCCUCCAGGUUCUCUGGGGAGAAUUCUAAGGUGUUUCAGGGCAGCUGAGAGUCAUAAUCCUUCCAGUGUGUCUUGUGCGGUCCUCUAAGCCUCCUGCUGGUUUGAAGUGCCUGAAAGACCUCCCUAAGAGCCGUCCAUGGGGCAUCCGCAAA